AUGGUUUCUAGCCGAUUUAUUUCACACGUCUGCCUCUUAUCCGUAUUGGUGCUUAUCGCGAUCGUCAACGGUGCAGCCAUCCCAUCCAACGAAAUCAGUAGAUCCGAUGGUCCUGUCGGAUGGGCCGACUGUUCUGAAGAUAUUUCGGACGAUGAUCAGGAAAGUGACUACGACGAGCCACAAGAGGACGCAUCCGUCGUGGCAAUUUCUGUCACCCGUAUCGUCCAUGUUGACGCUCUUCCGGCAUCAUUCCAACCCAAUAACCCGGAGCAAGAACCCGCCCAGGGAAGCACUACAACAAUUGUUCAGGUGUCAGUUAUAGGAUUGGCCGGGUCAGAAGAACAGGACGAUUCAGAACCACUCGACUUCGAAUCCGAUGCAGAUGCCGAGGUGGACGAUGAAACCCGCCCCUUCUCUCGGUCAGUCGAAGUCGAAGUCGGUGCAGGGAUCGACUGCGAGCACGACUACCAGCCACGCGAGUUCAACACGGCGUCGGAUAUUUUUCAAACACAGGAGGCUAGUCCUGACUCCAUGUAUCGAGUGGUAAAUUGA